UUUCUCCACUUAAAUAACCGACCGGACCGGCAGAAACACCGCGGCGCGUCGCACCGUCCAGGCUCGGUCCAUGAGACGCAGUCGGAACCCGCCCCCCCGGGGUCAAGGGGCAGCGCGAGCCAAACAGAUGGGGCUGCUGCUGGACCUGACCCCCGACGGGGGGGUGGAUGACGGGGGGAAUGAUGAAGAGCUGGAGGCAGAGCUUCUGAAUCUGGUGGGAGGAGGUGGAGGGAGAUCCCAAGGGAAGAAGGGUGACGGCAGAGCUCCGGUUCCCAUGGCUGAUAUAGAGCGAAUGGCAGCGCUUUGUAUGAAAGACCUGGAUGAUGAGGAAAUGGAAGAUGAAGAUCUGGAUGACGAUGAAGAUCUGCUGGCAGAACUAAAUGAUGUUUUAGAGGAUGAGGAAGAAACUCCUGCUCCCACCCCUCCUGCCAUCACACCGACCGCACCCAAAGUGAGCAUCACGUCCCACUCGUCUGCGCCUGCUGCUCCCGGUGGUGCAACUGGGUUGGAGUCUCUCCUACUGGAGCGCGCUGAAAUGUAUAAAGUGGCCAUUUCAAAUGCCAGGGUUGCAGGGGACACAAGCAAAGUUCGAAGAUAUGACCGUGGAGCAAAGACACUGCAGUCCAUGUUGACAUCGGUCAGGAAAGGAAAACCAGUCAACGAGGAGGAGAUACCGCCUCCAGUUGCUCUCGGUGGAAAGCCCAACGUCACAGACGAGUCUGAAUCGAUCAGAAAGGAGCGAGAACUGCCGGUCCCCACGCUGAUGCCCUCUACUCCCACGAACCAGAAACCUCUAAGGGAGGCUGCGCCGGGACCUCCCAAUAUGAAGCCACUCCAUCUGACCGUGACCCCAAAGCCCGCUGCUGCCUUAACCCCGGGAACGCCGGUUAUGUCUCCCCUCACGCCCGGUUACCCGGACUCACAACACUCAGAGCUGAAACAGGCAGUGCUAUCCAGACAGAGGGAGUAUAAGAUUGCUGCUAUUAACGCCAAACAGAACUCUGACAUAGAGCAGGCAAAGCAGCACUACCUCACUGCCAAGAAGCUGGACAUACUGGUGGAGGCACUGGACAGAGACGAACCCGUCGACCUGAGCUCACUACCUCCUCCUCCUGGUGACGUAGUAGCAGAACAUUGUGCACCUCCUCCUCCUCAAUCUUCCUCUAUUCCUGCUGCCCCCGCUGCACCUGCAUCCACCCAUGAGGCCGCUGCCGACCUCCCUGUUCCCAGCACUGUGGCAGAAGCCCUGCAGCAGAGGAUGGACACGUACAAGUCAGCUGCAGAGGGAGCCAAGAGCAAAGGAGACGAUCGUAAGGCUCGCAUGCACCAGCGCAUUGUCAAGCAAUACCAGGAUGCCAUUAGAGCUCACAAAGCUGGACGACCUGUCGACCUGUCCGACCUACCUGUGCCGCCAGGUUGUCCUCCACUUCAGGGCUCAGAGGGGGGUCAGCAGAACUUCAUGGGUGUCCUGGAAACGGCCAUGAAAAUAGCUAAUCAGGAUGCAGACGCAGAAGAUGAAGAAGAGGACGAACAAAGAGAAGCAGCCAAGCCUGCAGUGCGCCCACCUGCCCAGAAAGCCAAGUCUCCAGCUCCUCAGGCCCCCGGAGGCUCCGCGGCUCUGAAACUGGGCCCUAGAGCCCAGCACCAAUUGGAUUUCCUGUUGCUAAGGCGACAGGCUUUCAUGCGUGCUGCGCUGCGCUCAAAACAAAUGAAGGACAUGACCGGAGCAGCGCAGCACCUCAGACACGCCAAGGGACUGGAUCCCAUGGUCACUGCUGCCAAGUCCGGCCUACCUGUUGAUAUCACAAAGAUUCCCACUGCUCCAGUCAGCGAGGAGGACUACUCCCUGGCUCGCUCCCGCACCUCCCCUCUCUCCUCUCGCUCCAGUGAACAGUACCAUGGCCUCAUGGCUCUUCUGCGGAAGCAGCAUGAGAAAUGUUUGGGAUACUCUCAACAGCUCAUUCUUUUGGGCAAUGUGGCUGAGGCUCUAAAGUUUGAGAAGCUGGUGGAGGAGUGUAUGAAGAGCAUCGACAUACUAAAGAACGCCCACGCCAAGGGCCACCCGGUCCCCAAGUGCCGCACCGAGGAGAGGACCUGGAACACUGUCAAGAUCCACAACAGCCUGACACCAAAUGACCUGAUGCUGUACAUCAUCAAAGGCAUCAACCUACCGUGUCCCACCGGUGUCUCGCCUAACGAUCUGGAUUCCACUGUGAAGUUUGAGUUUCCCUUUCCUAGUGCGGAGGAUGCUCAGAGGGACAAAACGGGCACUGUAAAGGGCACCAACAACCCCGAGUUUAAAGAGACUUUCAAACUCAACAUCAACCGCACCAACCGAGCCUUCAAACGAGUCAUCCAGUCCAAAGGCAUCAAGUUCGAGAUUGUCCACAAGGGAGGCCUGUUUAAGACCGACAAAGUUGUGGGCACUGCUCAGAUGAAACUAGAGGCCUUAGAAAACCAGUGUGACGUUAGGGAAAUAAUAGAGGUCAUGGAUGGACGGAAAGCCACCGGUGGGAAGUUGGAGGUGAAGGUGAAGAUCAGAGAGCCUUUAACAGGAGCUGAUCUCCAGGCGGUGACGGAGAAGUGGCUGGUUCUCGAUCCGGUGUCCUCUCUUUCUCCUCCAGACAGACAAAAGGAACAAACAAAAGGAAGGGCUCCAUCUCCUCGAUCUAAACCCAAACAUGAAGCAAACAGCAGACCGGAAACGAGCAGCAGACAGGAAGCGAGCAGCAGGAGCAGUCAUCCCAGCAACUCCCCUCCACAGUACAAACUCCACAGCUUCAGCCUCCUCAACUAUGACAAGGAGCGGCUGGAGAGAAAGAUCGCAGAGUAUCGAAAGGUGCAGCGGCCUCCCCCAUCUGACCUCGUCCUGCAACACAAAGAGGUCACGCACAGGCUGCAGUGGCAGAAAGCGCAGCUGGAGCGAGGCUCCUCUAGUCUACUCGCCGAGUAUGAAAACGCCCUGCGGCGCUCCUUCCAGGGGUAUGCUGACUCCGUGAAGAAACACUCCAGCGAAGGCAACAGGGACGCUGCCAAGGAUGCACUCGGCAGGUUUAAGAUGGUAGAAACCGAGCUGGAAUCGCUGUUAAGGAAACGCGCAGGAUAAGAGGAGAGUGAAGGAGUGGAUCCCUGGCUUUAGUACUGUUAUAUCAUAAAUAUAUAUAUAUAUAUAUAUCUCUCGUUCACAUACAAACACUACAUCGGGGACUUAAAGCAUCUUUAUGAUUCUAUUCUGCUCUUUUUUUCAUUGAAACUGCACGUAAGACUAGCGGGAUAAAUCUGUCAACUGAUCAUAUCAUCGUGUCAUGUGUCACUUUGUGGUUUGUCCCCUGCAACAGUGAUUAGAAAGGAACCUGUAACUACAAAGGGACACCGAAAUCAUAGUAAGCAUCAAAAUGUUAUGUUAUGUUCUACGUGGAAGGAUUGUGCUUAUUUGCAUUUUCACACUAGUGAAAGCUGCUCCUGAAGAACACCGUAACCUACGCCACAAUCACUUUUUAUUCCUGUCUUUACUUUGAGAAUGGGUGCUGGAAAUGUAUGAGUUUUACGUUUUGCACCAGGCCCGAGAGGCAUGUGUGUGCGUGUGUGCGUGUGUGUGUGUGUGUGUGUGUGUGCGCGCGUGUUCCGAAGUGUGUUUAACCAAUGGGGACGGGAGUUUUUAACCCCUCUUCCCAUAUUUUCUGCGUGUAAUGAGCUUAAUCUAAUCUGUCUGCUCCAGUGUUUCCAGAUUACAGUAAUCUGCUGCGUUUGGAGUGGUGUGAUAUGGGAAUAAAAAAAAAAAACGGGGUUUUGGGGCACCGCAGCCUACAUCCCAUAAUGAGGGAUUAGUGUUUGUGUCACCAAGGAGACGACUAGAUCAGACGUAGUCGCCUGGGGGCUGGGGAGAGGGGGUGUUCGCUGCGUGGCAUGAUUGUGGUGGAAGCUUAGCCCUGCAAAAGGAUUGCUGCUUCUUCUUCUGCAUCUUCAUCAGCUGUUUCUUCUUUGUUGUCUUCUUCACUUCCUUCACAGUAAUUCCUUUUGCGUGUGUUCAGAGAGAAUUCAAAGUGUUUCUAUUUGGAUGUUCUUUAAAUACUUAAACAAUAUUAAGCCCAUUAUGCUGUUGAUUUAAAAAAAAUGAUUAUCAGCUGCUGUGUCAGCGUGCUGCUAUUUUGGCAGUUUACAAAACCGGAGUCUGUCCCGCUGAGCGCUCCAGCAGCAGCGCAGUGGGGGCUGAACAGUCAGCCCAAAGGAAGAGAAGCCAACAUGUGCCAGUGAGGCCAGCUAAUUGCUCAUUUCUAUUUCUGUCGCUCCACAGACAUCCCUGCCAUAGGCGUCCUUGAUUAUCCCUCUCACUUUACGUUUACUAUGACCAUAAAGUUAAGGGUACAAAACCCAGAACAGUCCUGUAAAACUUCACAAGGAGUGUGAAAAAUCCAGAUGUCUUAAAAUUAAUAAUUUUGCCACAGCAACUGGUACAACAUCAUGGGUUCACUAUUCUGUUCAGUACUCUGGACCAAUGGUUGGUGUGUGUGUGUGUGUUGUGUGUGUGUGUUUGUUUGUUUGUUUACGUGCACGACAACCAGCUAAACUGCGUGCAGUCCACAGCGGAUUGUGGUGGUCCUCAUUGAUUGUAUGCAGCCAGAGAAGGAGCAGAUGUCUUCAAAUGAGCUGCUGUGUUUCAUUUGACUCUUCAAUGUGGAGGAUGUCUGUCGACUUGCUAACAGUUUUUUAGUCAUGUGACAUCGCAAAGAAUCGUGUUUGUCCUCAUCCACCCACUGCCUCACCACAUUAGCAAAUAAUCCUGGUUAAAGUUGACCUCACAAGGCCCUCCACAGUCUGUUUUGAUAUUUAUGUCACAUCCCUUCCCCCUGAUUGUUUUUACUCCAUCAGGAGAUGGAUAUCUUCUGACUCUGUAAGCGGUUGGUGGUGGUGCUUUUGAUCAGCUGAUCUUCAUUUAAAUGGCAAUGGAAGGUCUAAUUCCUGUUUAUAUCGACGUGGUAAACUUUCAGUUUGAUUUACAGUAAUCUUAAAUGAUUAUAAUGAUUAUUUAAAAGUUUGUUUGUUUAUGCGUGUGUGUGUAUUUGCGCAUGCGCAACUUUACCUCUUUAACUACAAAUCUUGGACACAAAACAUUUUUUGCUGACAAUUUUUAAAUGUAUACAGUUUUGCUUUCAAUGCGUUUUACUGAUUGUUCCAGGUGGCCAAUAGUUUCAGUGCACAAACAUUUAAACACUUUCCGUAUUGCAGUUUGGAUGGAUAUUUAUUCAAAAAACUUUACAUUAACAAUAAAAUCUUGAUACAACUUUGACCAAUUUGAUAUACAACUCAAGCAAAGACAAUUUGCUUGAGUUGCAACUUGUUAUGUCAGACUAGCUCUCCAGAACCCAGAGAUAUUCAGUGUACUAUUGGUUAAGACAAAGAAAAGCAACACAUUCUCAAACUUCACUUGGAUAAAGGGAAUGUUUGUUGUGUAGAGCUUUAAAAAUUCCUUAGAAGAUUGGAUUAUUAAAUGGAUAAAUCAUGCUUCACAUACAAAACUUGAAUAAACCUUUCUGAAACACAGUAACCGUUUUGUAUUCUGAAGGACGAGCAUUGCUGCAAACUAUACAUCCUUUGAAUGCCUCUAAAAUAUGGGAAACCCCCCAGUUUGGUCUUUUUUGACAGAAAAUGCUUAUUUUUAUUUUUUAAUAUACAUUUUUUAUUUCCAAAGCCAUGUAAAGAAUAUUUAGAUCUGGCUGCAGCACUCGCAUGCUUUAACACCGUUAAACACACCCACAGAAACGACAAGUCAGCAGCAGCUCCUUUCUUUAACUCCAAAACCUUUAACCCCAUGUCACCUCAGACACACAAACACUGCUGCUCGGGUAACCUCAUGGCCUCACAGGCAGUCCUGUUGUCAUGCCAACAGGCUCAUCAGAAUUCAACAGUCUGAUGCUCAGGUCCUGGGGAGAUGGAUAUAUUGUUAAGAGUUUGUCUGGUGACUCACGUUCCUUUCUUGCAUUCACGAGACAACGCACACACACACACAUACGUCAUAUUUACUUUUUUUAAGGAUUCAUUUGUCUGUCAUCUGUCUGCACUACAUUCUUUUAAAAAGAGACAUUUUGGUGGAUUGUUUGUCGUUAUUGUAAGUAUCGCCCUCCUGAUCUGCUGCAGUAAAUGUAAUCAUCUGGGCUUGGAAACAUGUGUUUCUUCUAUUAAGUCUUUUAAAGGCAAUCAAUAUAAAGGCAAUAUUUGUAUACAGUAAAUAUACAGCAUAAUAUGCUUGGUCUCUUUUUGAGUUUAAGUCAUGAUGACUUGUGCAGCUCAAACGGGGAAAUGUGCGAAGGCCUUAUUUUUAAGGCUUUCAAUAUUAAAGUCUGUAUUAGAUUGUUGAAAUGAAUAAAAUACUGGAACAAUA